AUGUUACAAAUUUAUGAAGAAGAAAAAAAAAAUUACUUAUUAACAUGCUUGAUAUGCCACGGCUUAAAUCAUAUAUGCUUGGGAUUUAGUAACGGUUUCUGCUGUUUUAUUUUUUUAAAAAAUUUUCAUUUUUUAAGUGAAUCAACCAAUCCCGACCAAGAGAACAAGGUAUUAACAUAUUUUAAAUGUUUCUCUCAUCGCAUAAGUGAGAUGUGCUUAAUCCCACUAUCAACCGUGAACUACCUGGAAUUUAUUUCGUGCAAGAUAUAUGAAAAUGUGGAAGAUGUGUUGCAUGCUUUUGUGAAGAAAGAUACUGAGGAAUAUGGAUGUCUCGAUCAACAGAGUGAUGCUAGUAUUGAUAUGAGAAGAGGGAUAAGGGACAGCUGCUUAAAACAUGGAACAAAUUCAAAGAAAGGAUUUUAUCAAGUAGUAUAUAACCAUGAGUCAAAUGAAUAUAAAUAUCAAGAGGAGAAUGAAAUUAAUACAGAAAAUAGAAAAACAAGAAUAAUACAUAUUGAAAAUUUUCUUCUGGUAACUUUUGACCACACAGGAGAUAACAAAAUAUUCAGUGUAGAAAAUGAAAAUAAAAAAAUUGAAAUAAAAAAUAUUUUACAAACAGAUAUAGAUGUAAAAAAUAAAAAGUCAAAAAUUAUAUCAGUAAAUUAUGUUAUGAGACAAAAAAAAAGAAAAAUGGGCAUUCUACUUUUUGUUGGGGAUGAAUAUGGAUGUAUCUUCAUCAUUUAUAUAAAUAUACCUAUUCAAUUAAAAUCAGAUGAAAUUGUUUAUAAUUUUUCGAAUUCAUUUAUAAAAUCGAAGCAAAAAUUACGUGUUCAUAAUAAUAGGAAAGUCUUUGACAUUAAAAUAAUUCAUCAGUUUAUAUACUCAUGUGGACAAAAUGGAAAUAUUAUCAAGUAUCAGUUGUAUAAAGAUGAAAAUAAUAUUUAUACCUUAUACAAGUUAUGUGUAAUCAAAGUGGGAUAUUAUUCUUCUAUUUACAAGUUAUUACCCAUGCAUGCUGAUAGGACAAGUGUGUUAAGUGGCCAUUCCAUUGAAAGAAAAGUACAGAAGGAGCAGCAUUAUUGUCACAAUAGUAAUGAAGAUGUGGAAGAAGAAGCGGAGCAGAAAUGUCUUUUCGAGAAAAGACAGGAUAGAACUUCCCCAGAGGCAGAGAGAGAAAGGGAGAAUUUACAAAAUAUGCUCAUUUGCUGUUUUAAGGGGAAAAAAUUCGUUUUGCACGAUUUAAAAAACAAAAUAGAAUAUUUAUCCAUUGAAUGUGGUGGUUUCAGACGUCCCCUAAGUAUCUUUACAAAAUUUUCAAUAAAUAUGAUGAAAGAAUUUUCUUUUUGUUUUUGCAAAGAAAAAAACAUUCACUUUUACCUAAAAAAGUUGCAAAAUAACAACCAGGGUGCUACCAUUCCAUAUGAACAAAUAUAUAUAAACUCAGGAUUUCAUGCUAAAAAUGUUUCGUGUGUCUUAUGGGUGAAUAAAAGUUAUUUAUGUACUUGUUCAGAAGAUGGAACCAUAAAACUUGUUUACUUGAAAAAAUGGGCCUCUUCAAAAUCUAAAAUAAAUAAAUCUAUACAUGGGGACAAAGACAUAAAUAGCCUUACACCUUUGCUGAACAUGACAAAUGGAAAACUCGGUUCUACGGAUCCAUCAAAAUAUUCCAGAAAAAAUAAUAAUAAACCAUUUAGACAUAUUAAUUAUACAGUACUGUCAAAAUGGAAACAAAAAAAUUUCCCCUUUUCUUCCUUCGAAUACCCAUUCAGGAACACACCAUAUUUUAGUACCAAGUUGAGAAUAAAUAAAACUAAAGUUGUUAAACCCUUAAACUACCGAAUGAGUAUUAUUCAAAAUGUACACAAUCACAGUGAACCUAUAUUUCACAUGUGUUUCUUACAAAAUCCUUUUUAUUAUUUCAAAAAUUUAAAAUUGUUAACUAGUGUUGGGGCAAAAAAUUCGAUUAACAUAUUUUACCUCCAUAUGGAUGUUCACAAAACGCCAAUUAUAUAUCAUAUAGAAAAAGUAAGAGUUCAGAAAUUCUCAAGUGAUUUACGGUUUCUAUGUGUUCAAGGUAAUUAUAUUAUACUAUCCUACCGGAACAAUAAAUAUUUGAUAAGGAUAAAUCUAUUCAUUGGUACUUCACUUGGGCAUUUACUACAUUAUUCAGGAGUAUACGAAUUUGUGUAUUAUAAAAAUAUAAUUUUUUGCAAAAUAGUGGAAUUAGCCCAUCUAAUAUCUUCCCAUAAUUUAAACAGCACCAUCUUGGUUAUAAAUUUAACAAACAUUUUUUUGAGCACUAAUCUUUUUACAUAUACUCACAACAUGUAUGAACACAAGGAAGUAAACACAAAUUUGAACACCCUACUACCAUCAAAUGGCAUUUUGCAAGAAAGAGAUUCAUUGGAAAUGUUCGAAAAAGCAGAAAAACAAAACUGUUAUUACGAAAAACUUGAAGAAAAUCCGUUUAUGCAGAAUAACGAAUUUGUUAACGAUCAGCUGAGACGGAAUAUGGUUUUUCCCUGUCAUGAUGGUAUUAAAGUCAGUACAAGGGAAAAAAAAGAAAAUCUUAUAAAAAAUGCAUGCAUAGCAUUAGCCCCCACUGAUGGUAUUAAGGAACCAUUUAAACAAUUAUUCGAUACUCCUAAUCAACUGAAUGAACAAUUUCUUGCUUUUAAAAGAAAAGAGAAUAAAACAUUUUGUGGAAGUAUAUUAUGUUGCGGGUUAAACAAUGGAGAAAUUCACUUUUACUAUUUUGAUACAAAAUUAGUAUCACUGUUGCAAAAAGUACAAGUGCACCAAAAUGGAAUAAGUAUGAUAUGUAUUAAAAAGAAGAAAACUCUGUUAUAUGUAUUUACCUCAGGAGAUGAUCAAUCCAUAAAUAUACUUACUUUGGAAAUUAGAUUUCCCACUGAUGUGUUAACCCAUGAAACUAGACGUAUACAUCUAUCAGUUAUGCAAAAUAAAAAAUUUCAAAAUUCACAUAUGUCCUCCAUUAGAUCAUUGGCCCUUUUUUCUAACGUCUUGCUAAGUGUUUCCUGGGAUCAGUACAUCUGCAUUUGGAACGUGAAAAGGGAUAAAAAUAGCAACAUUAUUAUAGAAAGAAGAAAGAAAAUGAAAAUGGCUGUUUAUGAUGUUUCUUGUUUAAAUAUAUAUAUAACUAAAAAAAAAAAAAUUAUUAACGAAAACUUAAAAAAUCACGAGUCGAAUUACUCUUGUUUACCAGUUGAAAAAGAAAAGGAAGAGUCAAAAUAUUUGUCAAAAAAACCUGCAUUUUCUAACCUUAAGGUUUAUUUAUCAAUAGCUGGCUCUAGUGGAAGUUUGGAAUCUUUUUGUCUACAUGGAUUUACAUAA